AUGAGAUAUCAGACCACGUCGCCCCUAAGCCGAGUCGGCCCCACGGCUUCCCAGAGGGAUGUGGAGCCUAACUUCGUUCGACCCAUUGAGAACGUCACAGUUGCCUUGGGAAGAGAGGCAGUGCUCACUUGUUCCGUCUCUGAUAUUGGCGAUUAUAAGGUAGCGUGGAUACGAGCCGACGAUCAGACAAUACUGACCCUUCAUACACGGUUAGUAACGCACAGUUCGCGGUAUGCCGUCACCAACGACUCUCCCUCGUCCUGGCAGCUGCACAUACGACCUUUGAAAAUUGAAGACCGUGGCUGCUACAUGUGCCAAAUUAAUACAAGCACUAUGAAGAAGCAGAUUGGGUGUGUCGAUGUUCUAGUACCUCCAAACAUCGUAGAUGAAGGCACAAGCGGUGACCUGGUGGCCCGAGAAGGCAUGGACGUGAGCAUCUCAUGUAAGGCUGAGGGUAGACCACUUCCACGGAUACUAUGGAGAAGAGAAGACGGUACAAAUAUUAUGUUGAGAAACGAAGCUGGAGAGUUGCACAAAGUUGACAUGUACACUGGGCCAUCCCUGAAUCUCACGAAGGUCGAUCGAAGACAAAUGGGCGCCUAUCUCUGCAUAGCCUCCAACGACGUUCCACCCUCCGUUAGCAAGAGGAUCAUGCUAAGUGUUAAUUUUAGUCCAUCAAUUUUGACGUCGACGAAGGUGAUGGGAGUUCCUACGGGUUCACAAGCCACUUUAGAAUGUAUCGUAGAAGCAUAUCCACACCCUAUAAACUUUUGGCUACGGAGUGGGGAUAAAACAAUGAUUCUGGCUAGUAACAAACAUGAAAUCAAAGAAGUGAGGACGUCCGCAUAUCAAGUUAAGGUCACUUUAACAAUAUCGGAGUUUUCUAUGGAAGAUACUGGGACCUAUACGUGUGUGUCGAGUAAUAAUUUCGGCAAAGCAGAAGGAACUUUGAGGUUGUAUGAAAUAAAAAUCACUACCACAACGACAACUACAACAACAACAACAACUACGACGACGACAACAACAACGCCGGCGCCCACCACGACAGAACUCACCACACAGCCACAUUACAUAGUAGCGUUGCAGCCCGCUGAGCAAAAAUUCUAUACACCAGACGUAACCACUUUUGAUACAAUGCAAAAUGUCAUAGAGCAGUCCGUCCUCGACAACAACUGGUUGCCGACUGUGGAGUCAAGUGCGCGCUCGCUUCGAACAUCAACAACAAUUUUAUUACUACCCACAUUAUUUCACUUUCUACAUAGACUACAAACAUAUUUAAUUUUAGAAAAUAAAUACGAUAUCCAAUAUUCAAGGUGA